ACGCGUCUUCGGCCUCUAAUACCCUUGCGGCCUGUUCAAAUUAUGUUGCCUCCGAAGAUCCAGCUCCACCAAUUCUCGAUCCGGCCUGGGCGCGACCUUCGUUGCAGGUCAACCAUAUUGUCAGAUCCGUUCUCAGACCUUACUAAGGUCUCUGAGAGCGGUCACCUCCUGGGAAAUCUACUGCCUCAGAGCAGGCAGCCUCUCCAUUUGAAUGCCACCGGCAGCUUCGGACGAUUUGUUUCGCCAGCAGAGCCGGUCCCCAGGUGACACCAAUUCAUUUCCCGAGGAUAGUACUCGUUCAAAUCUGGAGCAUGAACUUGGGGGAAAGAGUAAGAAGAAAGGGAAAAGCGGAUCUAAGGCCAAGGCUAAAGCGGCGAAAGCAGCGGCUAAGUCCUCGCCAGGCGACUUAGAGGAACUCUCACCACCUCUGCUGGCAGAGCCGUCGUCCUGUCCGAAUCCUACAAUAGAGCCUCCGACUAGUCACAACAUCGUUUCCCCAGUACUCGACUCCUUGGACUCGCUGGGAGACACCCCUGAAAAUGAUGUCACUUACCGAACGGAUACUUGGACCAAAUCCAUUCCGUUCGGCAAGAGUCCUCCAAAUGACGUGACAGAUGGUGAAUUCGCUAGCGGUUCGCCAUUUGGGUUUCUCACGAAUCACGAUAAAGGUGGUUUUAGCAAUCCCUCGUCGGCAUCACCUUCUAGCAGGACAAGACCUUUGAGUUAUGGACACAGAUACUCUACUAGUAAUACGUCCAGGCAACAGUCCGCAGAUCGACAAAAGAGCAACUCUGUCAGCAGUCCAUUCAACAACCAGAUACCCUUGCCCCAUCUGCCGCAAGCCCACUUUUAUGGCGCACCCGAUAUCGACUUACCUAUAUCAUCUGCACAAAGUAGGCCCACUAGUGAUGGCGGCUACUCUUUCUGUGCAUUUGACACAAUCUUAAGCCCGUGGUUUAAGACCUCCAGGAUAGGAAGCAACGUUCUCCUUGUCGGUACAGACGGUGCUCUAGAUGUUCUCACUAUAGAAGAUCAGAAGAUCCGUUUGGUGGGAAAGCUGACAGGCCUGACUGGUCGGGUGAUCGAGGCUAAGUUAUUAACCAGUACCUCGGCGGAUGACCCUAAGUCUGCAUCCAGACCACAUAUCGCUAUCAUUACACAUGGUCUUUGUUCUUUUGCCGAUGAUGAGGGCCACGCCUCCUCGAUAGGAUCCGAAACCAACGAGAUUCCAGCUGGCCGACCGUCAAUGACUGGUGGUCGGAUCAACAAAGACGAGGUGAAAUACUACCAAACACGGGCUGAUGUUUAUUCUCUGAGAAAUGGGGAGCAUAUCACGACGCUUCUAACGACACCACCAGUUCAGUGCUUGGGCAGUAUCCCGGGAAUGCCGUCUUUGGCCCCGCCACCUGCCGGCAAUUUGAAGCUCUAUGCUAGUGGCAGUUACGUCGUGGUGGCGUCUGGGUCAAGUGGAGAAGUGUAUGUGUACGGCAUUGGCAGCUAUAAUUGCCUUGGGAAACUGUGGACGAGUAUUCAGUCGAAGGAAUCUCGACGAUAUUCAACCUCCUCUAACUCCACUGAUCCGGAUGGUUCACAGUCCGAUUCACCUCACGGGCCUCCGAACCAUGACAAUCCGAUCAUCUCUCUUAAAGGGAGGUGGUUGGCCCUUGUUCCGCCAUCUGCCACGUACAGAGCGUCCCUUCGCGCAACUGUUCCUGCAAUGCUCCUACAAGGAAAGACUGUUGGAAUCGAGACUCGUAGUCCACCGUCGCGACCAGCAAUUACUUGCGCUACUGACGUCGGCGAAGGCGAAAGCUUUAUUGGCAAAGUCGCAAGAGGCGUGACACAAGAGCUCAUGCGCGGUGCUCGCUGGAUGGGUGAUCAAGGAAUGCAAGCUUGGAACAAUUACUGGAACAAGGACCAGGCACAAGGUGUCCCAGCACGUCGUUCACCAAACCUAAUGGACUUCUCACCACAGGGCUACAACAUCUUCCCUCCAACCCAUUCUCAGGAAACUCAGACUGCAUCUCCUGCUGAGCCGGAUCUGGUUUCGGUGAUGGAUCUGCAAAGACUAGAAGAGGGUCCAGAGACCAAGAGCGCGUUGUUCGGUUCCAUGACCACGUUCCAGGUGCCGAAUGGCUGUAGCUUCCUUUCCUUUUCUCCUAACGGCUUGAUGUUGCUUACGGUGAGCAAGAAGGGUGAUGUACAGUAUGUCUGGGAUCUUCUGCAGGCGAAAUAUUGCCGCGCAGGGGCUUUUCUAUCCGACGACCCUACAACUGCACAUCCGAGCGUGCGGCAAGUUGCGAGGUUCUCACGCUUGACAGCAUCUCGGAUUAUCGACGUGGUAUGGUGUCCGCCAUCUGGUGACAAGCUCGCUAUCAUCACCAGUAAACCCACAGUGCAUGUGUUCGACCUGCCACGAUCCGCUUUUCAAUGGCCCCCUUUCCGCCGAGCUAAACCACAGCCUACCAAGGCCCCUAUCAAUGAUCUUCAAGCCGAGGAACUGAAUGACCGGGCGGCUACCGUGAAUCCUUUGUCGGCAGCCUUCAAAAUAGUCGGGGGUAAGACACAGCCCAUCCUUGCAGCAGUGAGGGGUCGUGCACCAUCCACUGGUGCAGCCUUCAACUCAAUGAGCGGAUUUACGAUCCCUUCUACUGCAGGUGUUAGUGGAAAGGCCGUUGCUGCCGGUCUCAGCAAAUCAAUGGGUGCUGCCGCCACCGGCACGGUCAAAACAGUCAAAACAUUUCGGCAUGGUGGUGAGCACCGCCUGCACCUGUCCGGACUUUCCCGUGACCCAGUUGCGUCUCGUGUAACUUGGGUAACCAGUAAGGGCCUGCCCUCUCUGGGGCUAUUGGAUGGAGGGUUCUUUCGCCUAUAUCGAAUCAAACGUUCCGUGUCUGCCAACAGGAACCGGCAGUUGCAGUCGGUGAUCGGGGACAAGGAAUUGGAAUUUCGACUCCCUCCGAACCUGCAGACACCUUGCGGUCCUUUAACCGUUGGAAGCCUAGGUGCGGAAACUAAUGUUUGGGCUACCCUGGCUCUACCCUCCUCCACAGCCCGUCUCCCCGCAUCGUCAAAGCUCAAGUCUCAGCCUCUCUCGCAGGCAGAAAUUGAGACAAACACGCCAUACCAGCCAUUUCACACUGAUCAGAGGGUAAACCUUUUCGUGUAUUCGGAAACGAAUGACACUGGAUUAUCGGUCCCGAAUGGUCAGUGGGUCUUUGGCGGUUCCAUGCCGACGUCCAAGCUUCAUGUGCGUCCUUUCAGCUCCCACAGUGAAGAUGAUGAGGAUGAUUUACUGCGCGAGCAGCACCAGGGCUUUGGCGGAGAAAUGGAGAACUUAAUCAGCCUCGGAAAUAGCACCGGAAACAUCGAGGAAGUGGUCAUCACAACUCGUCGUAAGAAAAAGUCAACUUCGGCCUUGACCUCUGGAAGUGGAGUCGACGAUGGAUUUUUUGAGGACGAUUGUGAGGUUUUGGAUUUUGCGCGAGACCGGGUUUGAGAUAGCUAUGGCUAUACAUUUGAGGUUUCGGAGCGCGACUUCGAGAAAUGACUAAUCUUCAAAUAGCUAGACAUUACAUUGGAAUUGGCGUUGGCGUGCUUGGGA